UCGUAUAAAAAGCGGGUAGCAGCUUCCUCGGCUCCCAAGAAAGGGAAAGCAAUUGCGACCCAGGCGGGAAAAGCUAAAAGAGAGCACGCGUACUCCACAGUUCGAAAAUUCUCUACGAUUUCUUUCACUUUGGAUCCAUCGAAAGAUAAAUACCAACUUCACAUGAUUAUCUUUUACGAAAUCGAUCGACAUUGCGUCAGGAAGAGAUGGGGGAGUUGAAAUGGCUUUCACGAGCGACGAAGUUGUGACUUCGAGUGCUGAAAUUGUAUAUAUAUCCUUCUUUCUGCAAGCAACAGAUGCCAAGCCAGCGAAAGGUUUCUUCCUUGCCAAGGAAAAAUAUGGCAGGCAAUGAAGUAGUGGCUGAUCUAGAUGAAAAAAGGGAUAGAACUUUUGAUUUGGAGGUUUCGGAAGAGGAAAGGCGGAGAACAAGAAUGGGUUCCCUCAAGAAGAAGGCUCUGAGCGCAUCCAACAAAUUUACACACUCUCUUAAAAAGAAAGGGAAGAAAGCUAACUACAGGACUUCUUCGGUUUCGAUAGAGGAUAUAAGGGAUGCGCAGGAGGAGAGCACAGUACAUGCUUUUCGGCUUGAGCUUCUUGAAAGGGGUUUGCUGCCUGAUAGACACGAUGAUUAUCAUACUUUGCUCAGAUUUUUAAAAGCUAAGAAAUUUGACAUUGGGAAAACCAUUCAAAUGUGGGAAGAGAUGCUUCGUUGGAGGGGAGCGUUUGGAACAGAUACCAUAAUUGGGGAUUUUCACUAUGGAGAAUUUCAAGAAGUCCUGCGUUUCUAUCCUCGUUGUUACCAUGGUGUUGACAAAGAAGGAAGGCCUGUUUAUAUUGAAAUGCUUGGAAAAGUUGAUCCCUGUAAACUUAUGAAUAUAACUACAAUGGAGCGCUAUAUAAAGUAUCAUGUGCAGGAGUUUGAGAAAAUACUUCAUGUGAAGUUCCCUGCAUGUUCAAUUGCAGCCAAAAAACAUAUUGAUUCAACAACCACCAUAUUAGAUGUGCAGGGAUUGAGUUUAAAGAAUCUUAGCAAGGCUGCAAGAGAACUAUUGCAAAAUAUGCAGAAAAUUGGUGGUGAUUACUAUCCUGAGAUAUUACAUCAAUUGUUCAUUAUAAACGCUGGUCAUGGUUUUAAGCUUCUCUGGAAUUCUGUUAAGGGUUUUCUUGACCCUAACACUGCAGCAAAGAUAAGGGUGCUGGGAACAAAAUAUCAGCAGGCACUACUGGAAGCAAUUGAUUCAAGCCAAUUACCAGAUUUCUUGGGUGGGUCGUGUGUCUGUUUUAAUGUGGGUGGGUGCCUUAUGUCCAAUAAAGGACCAUGGAAUGAUCCUGAAAUUAUUAAGUAUGUGCACAAUGCUCAGUCAGGAAUUUUAAAGCAACUCAAACAAGCAGAAAAUAAAGAACAAAGAAGUGGAUUUGGUUCCUGGCUUCAAAGUUCAAAGGGAAGAUGCAGUGACACAUCUACUGCUGAAUCUGGAUCAGAUAUUGAUGAUUUUUGUUCACCUCCUUUUUCUAGAAUGUCAGAGCACACGCAUUUGACCACUGUUCCUGAGGAAGUGAGACCUCAGAAUUCAACAGCUUACCACAGCUGUGAUGACCACUUCGUUGUUGUUGAUAAAGCUGUAGACUAUGGCCAUAGAGGAGCAUCAUCUGUUCUUCGUCAGGCAUCCCCUGGGCACAAGUCUAAGAAACCAUCAACGAUAAGCUCAUAUUCUUGCUCACAAGCAGGUACCUCGACUGAUUGCACGAAAAAUGUGGCAAAAGAUACUUCUGUGAGAUUCUUUUUGAGGUCUCUUUCGACAGUAUUACCGUGUAUUUUCAUCAAAAUAUUGUGCUUCUUUCAAAUUUUGGGUUUUGUACACAAAAAAGACUCGCAAAGGACUCAUGCUCUACGCAUGUUGAGUCCUGCUCCCGGUCCACAUCCAUCAGUGGAAGUUGUCAGUGAAGACAGUACAAAUAUGUGUCUAAAACAUCUUCAGAGACUUGAGAUACUGUAUACUGAGAUUAGCAGCAGACCAGCACAAAUGCCUAUUGAGAAAGAGCUACUGCUUCAAGAAGCUUGGCAGAGAAUAAGACAAGUUGAACAUGAACUUGAGAAGACCAAAAGAGUACUGCAUGCUACAAUUGCAAAGCAAAUCCAUGCUGCAGAACUAUUGGAAGCUCUGCAAAUUAAGCAGCGGAGAAGACGAUUCUGUUAAAAUGGCGCUGCAGAAAACUUAAUUGGAACUGUGCUUCUGUGAAAUGUGGAUGCUGGAUGAUGACGGUUUGGCACUCUAUUCAGAGACUCUUGUUUUUUUGUUUUUUUUUUUUGGUAGGGGUGUGCUGGGUUUAUUUCUUUUGUCAAUGAAAUGCUGGGUCUAAUUGAACAUUUAGUGAGUGAUUAGUAAAUUACAGAAAUGGUUGAAAGAAAGUUUACAGUUGAAUUAAAUGCAAACUCAAUUAUUUUCUGGAGUUUGAUAGGUGUUUCAGUAUUUGGACUUAUUGUUCCAGUUAUGAAGUUUCGGCAAUGCUUUG